GUCGCCGGCGGUCACUGGGUCGAUGGUCACGCGUGCUGGAGAACGUUUAAUUAAUAAUAUAUUUUAAUAGUCGUUUUAUGUACCUGAACCAUACUUAAAAAAGUAUUUUCUGCCAAGAACACUAAUUACUCUACUGUUAUAUAAUAUAUUUGUAACAUAGAUUAUAGAGGUGGUGGAGUACGACGUGCUGCGUUUUGUAAUUUUUACCGAUCUCCGUUGCUUUAGUGGUGAAUUAUUGUGUUCGUGUCGGUGCAGUGGUCAUACUACUGUAGCCGCAAACAUAGGAUAUUUCAUCAGCUGGUAUAGCUCAUCGCGACUCUUUGGCUGAACGAGGUGUAUACGAAAGUAUACGUCAUCAUAUACCUGCACUAUCACUUUCCAGACUCAUAUUUGACCCUGAAUAGUUGGAAAAAUCACCAGGGAUCGUGUUAUAUGUAGUUACAGAAUGCGGGGGUUGUCUUCGGCGUUUGACGAUACCGGCGGUGGCUGUGAUAGUGAUGUUGACCAGUUUCAAGGAGAUGAAGCAGAAGACCAUUUUGAACCUUCGCUGUUCGCCGAAUAUUCCCCGCCUCCUCUGCCUAACGAUGUGCACACGGCUUUCUUGGCCGCCAACUUGUUGCUGCUCUAUCUGAACCUGGCUAGGAUGUCGACUAUGUCAAUUGGCAACGCACAUCAGCUACCGGUUACCUUCAACGACCAUGACGACAACAACAACGACAACGACGAUAACAAUGGUACGUCAAUGGCGGCGGAGGCAAUGCGCAUUACUACCGCGGAGGAGUCGACAGCAGAACGGCGCUUGAGCGACGAACGGUUGCCCGGGGAACCGGGGCCGUCAACAGACGACGGGCGACCGUGGCCGGCGGACGUGACAACCUCGGUAGCGCGGGUACCACUGCAGCGACACCACCGUCACUAUCGCAGCGACAGUUGCCGGCCACAGCCACCGUCCACUGAGCCACAGCAACAGCAACAGACUUACGCCACCAUCCCCGCACCCACCAUGAUAACGGUGGCCGCGAGCGGUUCCAGGUCUUUGAGGCCCAAACCGCAGACUCGCGGCCCAUCGUCGUCGAUUCCGUUCCCGGUGGAUGUGGCUAAUAGGCUGCGGUCGCCGACGGCGUCGACCUCCAGGCCCAGACAGUACGGUCGCAGGAGGAGCGUUCAAGACGCCGUCGCCUCGGCGGUGAUGGUGCAGCGACAGGAGGGGCUCCAGUUACGGGCGGCCAUCGCCAUCGCCGACGCCACCGUUGUCGAACCGAGUACAGAUCAGCUGCAGGCGUCCGGCGCCGACCAGGAACCAAGGCUCGUCUCAUCGCUCAGGUUGGUGGCGCAAUCGCUGUCUCAAUUAUUAUAUAGUACUAUUACUGUCAUUGUAUAUGUAUAAAUAGACAUGUACACUCGCUUACCGACCUAGUCUGCGUUUUUACGAGUAUAUUCGAGUCUAUUGUGUCGUUUUGAAAGUCGCCCCAACUUAACUGGUCAACUGAAGCGCUUGUGCUGUUUUUGAGUCGCCACUCAGCUAAUCACAUCAUAAAUAGGCCACAGGUGUAAAGUGGCGUAGCCAGGAAUUUUAAAAGUGGGCGAGGGACAAAAAAGACAUGCGAAAAGGCCUUCUUAUAUACAGUUACCUAUAGUACGGCAAUACAUAAUAUGUCAUAUAUAUUUUAAAAAUAUCUAAAAAUAUUUAUAUACCAACAUGAACAAAUCCAUUGUUUUCAAUGUAAUUGUACCCCAUUUUAUGGUUUUAAACUUAUAAUUAACUACGUCCUAACUUUUUUUAAAUAAAAAAAACAUUUCUAUAGAUAAGUUUGUCUACAAGCCUCCAUUUUGGUGACUCUCGGUAUAGAUUAUAAGUACACUACUAAACUGUAGAGCAUUGUGUCUCUUGAACUGCGCGUAUAUUAGUGUCACCUGUUAGGUCUACGUCACGGUACAGGUGAUCACUGUGUAUAGUUAAGAAAUAAAGAUUUUUUAGAUGGUGUGAUUCAAAACGAUAUAGAUGUGUGUAAUUACUAAUUACUAAUAUGUGUAAUACAUGUGCAAAACUUUUUAAGACAGUGUUAGGUAGUUAUAAUCAAUACUACUGAAUUAAAGAGAUUAAGCUAAGUUAGAGCGUUACAGAAUCUCGUUACGUAACAGUAAAAAUGCGCGUGUAAAUAGAUAUAUUUAUUGUGAAUAAAAUAAUGGAAAUUACAAUAUUUUAGUACAAUAAUAUUUAAAUAUAAUAUAUGACUUAUUAUAAUGUAUAUUACUAUUUACUUUGAUAACAUUUACAUUGGUCGAUUUGUAUUGUCCCUGUCAUAUGUUUAAUUCUGAUAAAAUAAUAUAUUUACCCACGUUUGCGCGUCCAAUUUACGAUACGCGUACCUACGCAUAUUGAUAUACUUAUUUUAUAAUUCGUCAUAUCUUUAAAGCUAAUAUGCUAUAAUGAAAAAAGUAUAAAAAAACUAAUUUAAUUCGUAUUAAAAAAAAAAAUAAUACUCAUUCUUAUACAUAAUGCACGUUAAGUUUUUUUUGUGUUAGACAUACAAUUUGUAUAAGUGCGAAAUUCACGAAAUAUUAUACCUGCUAGAAUAAUAAAGUUGUGUACCUACAUUAUAGUAUUGUACAUGAUAAUAUACAUAUUACAUUUUACAUGUUAUAGCCUAUAAUAGGUAGUAUUGGUACGUUAAAUAUUUAGGUCACGAUAAUUCCACGUGCGCGUUGAUAUUUUAUUAAACCGUUCUUUAGUUUGUAGAACGUUUUGUUGGGGACUUAAGUUACUGAUAUUGUUUAACUUUAAUGUCAAAAAUUGUUA